AAAGGGAGAAUUGAAAGCACACUGAUUUGGAGGAAAUUGGGGGAUGGGACCGAGCAGGUGGGGGAAUUCUGGCGUAAGACGUCGGCCAGAGUUGAAAUAAUGGUGGAGUUGACAUGUGAAGUUUUCCAACAUAUUCAUCUUCAGUUUUCUCAAAAGGGUUUUUCCAAAAUGCCGAUGUACCAGCCUGCUACUACUUGGAGAGAAGGGGAUCCGAAGCUCGUCGUUGGCUGCGGUACGCAGAUCCUAGAUCUGGAAACUGUGGUCAAAGAUGGGAUUCUCGGUGGAGGCGGUGGGAUCAUUUGCGGAGGCGGAGGCGGUGGGGGUGGAGAGAAAUUGGAUCUGAAGGAGAUGAUUGAGGAGUUGGAAUCGUCUGUAGAGGUUCCAUCGGUGUUCAUUUGUCCAAUCUCUCUCGAGCCCAUGCAAGAUCCAGUGACCCUCUGCUCAGGCCAAACCUACGAGCGGUCUAACAUUCUGAAAUGGUUCUCUUUGGGGCAUUUAACUUGUCCCACAACAAUGCAAGAGCUUUGGGACGAUUCCGUCACACCGAAUCGGACCCUUCACCAGUUGAUUCACACCUGGUUUUCCCAGAAGUAUUUAGCAUUGAAGAAGAGAUCAGAGGAUGUGCAAGGGAGAGUUUUAGAGCUUUUGGAUUCGUUGAAAAAGGUCAAAGGUCAAGCUAGGGUUCAGUCCCUCAAAGAUCUCCGACAUAUCGUCAUUACCCAUUCCUCCGCUAAGAAGAUGGUGGUUGACAACGGCGGUGUCGCUCUAAUAUCUUCUCUUUUGGGUUCUUUCACUUCCCACGCAGUCGGGUCCGAAGCCGUGGGAAUCCUGGUGAAUUUAGAUCUAAAUUCAGAGUUAAAGAAGAAUCUGAUUCAACCCACCAGAAUAUCUCUAAUUGCAGAUAUAUUAAAUGAAGGGUCCAUCGAAACCAAGAUUAAUUGUACGAAAUUCUUCAAGAUGUUGAUCGUGGGUGAGGAUUUAAAAACGGAGGACGUUUCGAGUUUAAGUCUCCUCGUCGGAUUGUUGAGAAUGGUGAAGGAUCAGAGACACCCAAAUGGUGUAACCGCCGGACUCAGUCUACUCCGAACACUCUGUUCAAACGAACCAAUCAGGAAGCAACUCGUUAGCAUCGGCGCCGUUGCGAAACUCGGCGGCACCCUCUCUAACUUAAACACCGAUUGCUUGGAAUCGGCGCUUUAUAUUCUCGACGUUUUGUCAUCCCUUCCAGAGGGGAGAUUAGCGUUGAAGAAUUGUGAAGAUACGAUUAGAAAUUUGGUGAAAUUGUUGAUGAAAGUAUCAGAGAUUUGUACUCAAUUUGCGUUGUCGAUUUUAUGGGCAGUGUUCAAGCUAGCACCAGAGGAAUGUGCGGUGCUCGCAGUGGAAGCUGGAUUAGCAGCAAAAUUGCUGCUUGUAAUACAAAGUGGGUGCAAUCCAGAGCUGAAACAGAGAUCUGCAGAGCUAUUAAAAUUGUGUAGUCUAAAUUACCCAGAUUCAAUCUUCAUUUCUAAAUGUAAGCUUACGAGAACUAUACAAUAAAAGAUAGCUUGUCAAAAUUGUUCAUACACCCCUUUUCUUUUCUUUUUCUUUUUAUUUUUGUUUAUUAUGCAUGAUUGAGAUUCUUCAAACAGUCUUGUGAAUGUGAAUGAAGGCGAGGAGCAAGUUUUGAUUCCUA